GUGCGCCUGCGGGAGGGUUCCGUUCCUGUCGCACAUCCGUCGGUUCAAGUUCACCAGGAGGAGCAUGACUUGCCAGCCAGACGGGAACCUAGCGGGCAAGAACCAAUAGGCGUGUGCACGCCUGAACCCGGCACGAGCAACGUGAGCCUGCCUGAGCCUGACACACAGGAGGAGAUUGAAGUGAGCAUGGCGUCUGGAUCUGACACUCAAGAGCCAAUGGAUGUGGGCCUGCUCGAACCAAAGACACCAGAGCGAAUCCAUGUAGACAGAACUACAAGCACACCUCUUGUGUCUGCUGUGUCCAGCCCCACACCAGCCAAGGCUUCCAGCAGUAUCAGUUCCGACACACCAGGGCGAUUUGAACAGUCGCGCACGGGCUCUUCUGUUUGUCUGUUCACAAGCUUGACUCCGAACACUAGCAGGCCUGACCCCAUGGACACAACCCCCAGUGGCUCAACUCCAAGCACCAGCAGAUGUGAACCUUUGGUAAGAAUUAUACUCGACGUGGAAAAGAAUUGCAUGUUCAUAACUAAUACGUUAAGAUUCCACUGUAGGUGCUGACUGCACCAUUCAAGUAUAUGUUCCAGGAGCAGGCUUUCAAAUACCUUAUUUCAUACAGUACAGGUGCAUAAGGGAAAACCAAUUAGACUUGAGCAUACAGUUUAAACAUAUUAUUGCCCCUUUCACGUCUACAUUUCAGUACAGUGCAGUGCCGUUAGUUGCAGCCUGUUGUAUAGUUACCGGCCCGAGGAAACA